UUGUUUGAAGAAUCUGACGGUAGCAAUGCAGGAAGUAAACAAGCAACUUGCAAAGUAUGUGGCGAUAAAUCAAGUGGAUUUCAUUAUGGUGUUACGGCUUGUGAAGGAUGUAAGGGAUUUUUCAGACGCAGUAUUCAAAAGCAAAUGGAAUAUCGAUGUCUACGAGAUGGAAACUGUAAUGUUUUGCGUACAAGCAGAAAUCGAUGUCAGUACUGUCGGUUUAAAUCAUGUAUUGCUGCUGGGAUGUCUCCAAUUCGCUAUGGGAAAAAUUCUAAACGUAAAGCAACCGAAAAUAAGAAUGAAAGUGUUCAAACUGCAAAAGAUGCGACAAAAACAGAAAGUUCUGAAAUAGAGGAUCAUAGAAAUGAUGACCUGAAAUCUUUCAUAAAUGCUAUAAGAGAAGCACAUGAAGCCUGUUGCAGUUACUGUUUCAGUGAUUGGAAAAGGUUAAAGCCUCGAAUGGUGAAUCAUCCAAACAAUGGAUCAGAGUCUGUUCUUCGACAUCUGUUAUGGCAUUCGUUCAAUGAAGCUGUGUUCGAAGAUUUGGGGCGCUUUAUUGAGUUUACUAAACGGAUACCUGGAUUCUCAAAUACUUCGCGUAAAGAUCAAUUGUUGUUAGUCAAAAUUUCAUUCUUUGAAGUAUGGACUAUAUGGGCAUAUCGUGCCAUGAGCUCAGUUUCAAAAACAUUAAGAUUUGCUCAUGGUUUAACUUUCACUCAGGAGCAACUUAGUAUUGUUUUUGAAUCAAGUAUGGUGAGCGAUAUGUUUGAACUUAGUCGCACUUUCAAAACUUUUCGUCUCAGUGAAUGCUUGGUUGGGCUGUAUUGUGCCGUGCUUUUAUUUACUCAAGAUAUCGUUCCACAAUUAGAAAGACCUCAGGCGAUACUUAUUUUGCGUGAGAAGGUAAUACAAGCACUUAAAUUACAAUUGUCAAUUGAACGACCAGAGGAUCCAGAUUUAUUCCGUUCAUUACUUGUGAAGCGUGAUGUGUUACAAUCAAUUGCUUCCAGACAACGAGCUACGCUUGAAUGGUAUCGAGCUCAUAAAGAUGUCAUUCGGUUGCCAGAAAUCUUUACCGAUCUCUAUGACUUUCGAAGCACGAAAGAGGAACCGGAACCUAGUACAUCUGGCGCAACUUCGCAACAAGAAGUUGUAACUCAUGAAAUGAAAAUUUAA